AUGGGUGGCCUAGAGCUCCCUGUCUCUUCGGAUAGCUUCUCGGAAGGCGAUGCAGUGCCAGCAGGCCACGGCCGCAGUUUCGUUCGCUACUGGGUGGCGGGCCUUGCGCUGGCAACAGUGAUCGUGGCCACCGUUUUGCUGACUUCCCUUGGGGGCAGCAUCGGCCCUGGGCCUGACGUGGCUGUGGUCGGGGACUCCAUCUCCAUGUCUCACUUCUCGCAGACGAAAAGCUACAAGUGCAACAAGCAGCACGCAGAAGAACUCGCGCAGUGCGAGCCCGCAUCAGCACAGGCGAAGGACGCGGAUGCCAGACGCCUGGCCGAAGAAGAUGGGUCCAGCGAGUCCGACGAUGAGUCUGGCGAUGAGGCGGAGCUUUCCGAUGUCGCUGGGUGCAAGAGCAGGGCGAGUGACAACUACAAGACGUGCUGCUCGGCCAUGGAUGGCGGAAGAUGCCGGUACCCGUGCACCAGGGUGUGCCAGCAACAAUACGGCACCAUCACAAACGAGUACAAACAAUGUUGCAAGAGGUGCCCUGGGGGUGGAUGCGUGGACCCAUGGGUCAUGCUGAAAGAGGUCUACGAGCUGCACGGACCGUGGGGCUGA